UCACAUGGAGGAAAUGUAAAAUUCCUCAAGUUUUCUGAGUGGGAGGAUGUCGGAAAACAAUAUCUGUUAAAAGAUUUUCAUGAGGCUGCGGGCAAUUUUGUUGGCAAGGCUGUACGAUUGACGUCAUCGUACAGGUAUUGUCAGGUGUACUGUGAAUGUGCCUCACUUGCGCUCUCGCAAUCAACAGUCAAGGGACGCAAGAAUCAACGCGCCGCUAUCCAUAAGUAUAUAACUGAAGGGAUUAUCCUUUUACAUUCGGGCAUAACGUCAACACAUCUUAGCACAACAACUAAUGACGAAUGGCAGUCAUUUAUUGCUCAAGCUUUCAGCAUGCUGGCUGGUGAACGCAUGGCUGAAAAGCUUCAAUUUACCAAGGAUGGGAAGCAGGGAUCCACAAUACGAACGAACACCAAUGCCAUCGACAAUGUGGACACUGGCAUUGAAAAUACUGACAUUAAUAUGGUCGACGAUGUGGCCACUGACAUUGAAAAUACCGACAUUAAUGUGGUCGAGAUUCCCCCACCCCAAAUUCUCACCCAGAUCCAACUGAAGCCCCCGAAUAUUCACCUGAAUUUGGAUCCUGCCAGCCAAGUAAACAGUCAGGAGGAGAGUCAUAAUACGAAAGAUACAUAG